CUAAGGUAGGUAAGGCAGCCCCCACAACCCCGAUGUUACUACUGGGGGGGCACUACAACUUUACGAAAGUACGGAACUCCCCACAGCCUUGCAUGGACUGCACCCUAGAACUAUACCGAGUAGGCCUCUCCCUAAAUCCGCCGCAUUUCACUGCCCGUUUUCUUCCCAAGUAACGACAUCCUCCCGCGCAGCCUCGAUAACCCAGUAGAUCCAACGUGGCGGAUUAGGUCGGCAAAGGUACACAUUGCCUAUGCGAUCCCAGCACGCCGCCUUUCGUGAUGCCCAGUCCAUUGGUCUCGACGACAACAUUGGUGCUGCUCGCUUGAGAACAUGGCGGACCUCGAGGUCACUGAGCCUGUUGAGAACGAGCAGCAGUUUUGGCACGCCCUGAACAGCAUCCUUUCCGCCCCCUGUCCUACCCCCGAGUCCCUCGACGACGUUCUGCGAUCAUGGCUUGAACUGGUCGCGACCGGCCGGGACCGCUAUCUCGACGAUGAAGACGACAUUGCGACUUGUUCCCAACAGCUCCGACUUAGCAGCAUCUUCAGACAGAACGCCGACUAUGUCCGUACCCAGAUCAUAUACAGCCUAUUGCAGGAGGACGAGUACGGGCCGUUGCAUGUCAUUUCCAACUUCCUCCUGCUAGAUGGCCGUGCCGAGGAAGAGACAUUCCGGCGCAUGGUCAACGAAGGAUGUUUUUUGCGACUGCUCGAGCUCAUCAAGAGUUGCGGCGCGCACGAUGGCCGUCUUCACCGACUACUUCUCGAGUUGAUGUACGAGAUGUCUCGCAUCGAAAAGUUGCCGCAUCAAGACUUGGCUCAGGUAGAAGACGAAUUCAUCAUUUACCUCUUCCAACUUAUCGAGGCCUUCUCUGACGACGUGGACGAUCCGUACCAUUACGCCGUUAUUCGUGUCCUGCUGGUGAUGAACGAGCAAUACAUGGUUGCGUCAGCAUCCGGAGCUGUUGACCCAACUGCGCCUGUUACUCAUAUCACAAACCGAGUCGUCAAAGUCCUCAGCCUCCAUGGCCCGUCUUUCCGAACUUUUGGCGAAAACAUCAUCUUGCUUCUAAAUCGAGCAACCGAAACAUCACUCCAGCUGAUAAUAUUGAAGCUGCUGUAUCUGUUAUUCACCACCAAGGCGACAUAUGAAUACUUUUACACCAACGAUUUGCGCGUCCUUCUUGACGUCAUCAUUCGUAAUCUGCUCGACUUGCCAGUGGAAAUGAAUACCUUGAGACACACAUAUCUGCGCGUUCUCGCUCCAUUGUUAUCGCACACCCAGCUCAGCCAGCCGCCACAUUACAAGCGCGAUCAAAUUCUUAGCUUGCUUGAAAUACUUCGUGGCUCAGGAAGUGCGCACUUCCUACCGCCCGAGCCGACUACCCUCCGCUUGGUUGAGCGUGUCGCAAAUAUUCCAUGGCUAGUGGACGAUGAGGGCGUCUUGAGUCCUGUUCCCAUGACGAGCCUUACGCAGGCGCAAAACGGUAGUACCGUUAGCGUCAUUGCAAACGUCCACGAGAAGCCAGGUAUAGAAACACCAAGCCGAAAAUCAAAUCUCGCUCGUGAGCUCAGGCAUGAACAGGAGGAUGCGGAAGACACCGUGAGGUCAAUAAUCGCCGUCAGUCCCGCGAGUGAUACGCCAGAAACUACAACCUCGAAUCUCUCGGUAUCGAGUACCACCGAAGGGCACAAAGCAGCAGGCCGUCGAAAGCCGUCACCACCGCCGGCAAGACGGCUGAGGGCACAGAAAUCGCUUCCCAUUGUUCCAAAGCAUCGCCAUGGUGUGCCGGUCUCCCCGCAACCACCACAUACGCCAACAAGGAUGAUCGAGAAUUCCACAUUUGCUCAAGGUGACAAGCACGGGGUUGCUGCUGCUAGCAGCUCAUCACCGACAGCGGCUUCGGCUGCGGCAGCCGUAUCUGGUGAUGGCAAGGUGAGUGGACCAGUGGCCAAAAAGCAGCCCCCCAAGCUCCCCCCUCCACGGCGCGGCAAACUCAGGGCUGUCAACAGUUUGUCGACAUUACAUCCGGUGACGGAGUCGCUACCGCAAACUGGGUCGACACCGGUAGCUUAGUCGGCGCCUUGUACGGUAACUGCCAAGGAUCUUAAUUUGCGGGCCGGAUUUACUGUGAUGUCGAGCAUUCUUUCAACCACCAAGGUGGCUCGCCCCAGCAAUGCGAUUCUUGCGAACAUGACAUUCUGUAGAUAGAGUCACAGGAAAACGUGAUAGAGCCCUGAAUUGCCCUGGCAUGGGGCACAAAAAAAAAAAGGG